GCGAUUCGGCGCCGCGGCGCCGACGAGGCGAAAUCCACGCCGGAAGUGACCGUUCACUGCCUCCACCACAGCAAGGCUUUCGAUGUCAAUUAACCUUUCCCGAUGAGAAUGCCGCUCCAUUGAUCAGGAGUAGUCCAUCCUAAUCACAUCUUAACAAGUCUUGCUGGGGUCAAUAUCUUAGCAACUUUCUGUUGUAAGUUGUGAACGACGCAGGAGUCGGACCUGCCAUUCCACUUGCGCCUCGGCUUGUAAGAUAUGGCGGCUGUGUUGAAAUUAGAGGAAGCACAAAGGGUCGCCGACGAGACGGUCACGACAGGUUCAGAUCUCUUGAGGGAGAUAAGUUGGGAUAUCCACUCGCACCCAGAGAUACUAUUUCAAGAGCACCAUGCACACCAGGUUUUGACGGAUUUCCUGGAGGAGCGAGGCUUUGAGGUUGAGCGAGGAGCGUUCGGCCUCAAAACGGCGUUCCGGGCAUCAUACCGUCCCAAAGGUGGUCGAGCCGUGGCGGUCAAUCUCGAAUAUGACGCCCUGGAGCAGAUAGGGCACGCAUGUGGUCACAAUCUGAUCGCCACUGCGGGUUUGGCUGCCGUCAUCGGUACCGCAGAGGCCAUCAAGCAAGGCAAGAUCCAUGGUCGCGUCGUCGCCAUGGGCACCCCGGCAGAGGAGGGGGGUGGAGGGAAGAUCAAGAUGAUUCGCGCCGGAGCAUACAAUGACAUAUUCUGCUGUUUGAUGGUCCAUCCGAUGAACAAGGAUAAUGCAUACGUAUCAUCAAUGUGCGGCUCCGAGCUGACCAUCGAGUACAUUGGCAAGCCUGCACACGCCAUGGUAGCACCUUGGGACGGCAUCAACGCGCUCGAUGCAGUGACGUUGCUGCAAACCAGCAUUGGGCUGCUUCGGCAGCAGAUCAUGCCCUCGGACCGCAUAAGAGGCGUGGUGCUGCAGGCCGGGCAACGCUCUGGGGUGAUCCCGGCAUACGCCAAAGCGCGGUAUUGCGUGCGGUCCGCCAGCUUGGAGAGGUAUCGCGUCUUGAAGCAGAAAUUCAUCAACUGUAUGGAAGCGGCGGCAUUGGCGACGGGCUGCGAGUUGAAGACUGACUGGCUACCCGCCUACUGGGACAUUCGCACCAAUGAAGCACUUGCAGGGAAGUACGUCGAGCACAUGGAGCGUCAGGGUGUGCCGUUCCGCACUGCCUUUGAGCAAAAGGUGGAUCGGGACUGCUUCAGUACGGAUAUGGGUAAUGUGACUUAUGUCGUGCCCAGUAUUCAUCCUACAGUCGAGAUUCAUAGUCCAGGAGGUUCGAUACAUACAUCCGAGUACGCUGCGGCCGCGAGGACUCUGGAUGCUCAUGAACGGACGCUCCGCUGUGGCAAGGCCAUGGCUUCGACGGCGUUGCAAGUCCUGCUAGAUGAUGAUUUCGCCGCAACGGUCAAGCAAGAGUUUGAUGCGCAGGACUGGUCGAUUGCUUCCGACCCAACAGUAGCGUGAGUAAAGGAACUUAAGUCUUUCUGGAGCGAUCUCCUGCGGCCGUGGCCCUGUCCGUGACAUCUACCUUUAUCGACGUAUAGGUAAUACGUAACGAUAAAGCGACGAGUAUAGCCAAAAGGGGGUAUAUUAUAAGCAGCGUUGUCGGGAGACAGAGACGCCUCUUUCGGCGUCCUUAUCCUGAUUGGCCCAUAACGGUUAUGGACCCACUAUAACUAAGCAAAGAGGCGUCUCCCGACAACGCUGAUUAUAAGUAGUAGACGGCUCCGAUACCCUACCAGACUACUACGUCAAAUGUGCUCGCUAUACUUAUCUAACUAAGAUAGGCACCUUAGCGUCGUCAGAGUCUC